UUAAUAUUUUAAUUGAUGGAGGCUAAAACCGAGCUCCAACGAAAUGCCGUCGCAGAGGCACGUCGUAAGGAACUGGAAACAUACCAAAGGGCCUUGGAUAUUCAAUGGCUCAACAGUCGAAUGUCAGAUGGCGGAAUGGGCCGGAGUCUUGCAUUAAUACAGAAGGAAGCUGAAAUGGAAAAGGACUUUCAAGAGAGAACAGAUCAUGCAGCUAUUGUUGAUGCUCGAGCUAAAAAGGAAAUAGAUCUAGGAAUAGAAAUCGCUAAAGCGAGACGGGAAGAGGCCUGUGAACUUCUCAGGCGGCACUACCUCAGAGAAAGAGAUCCAAGCCUGCGAGAAUUGGUAAAAAAAUUACAAGCGGGUUAUGUGCGCAGGGACUUGCAGCAACAAAUACUACAUAAUGAGUAUAGGAGGUUGCAGGAAAAGGCUGAAGAAAAUCGGAGUAAUACAGUACUUCUUAAUUCGUUAUAUAACGACAAACACGCAAAAGACAGGGAAGAUAAAUUAAAAAUGGAAAAAGAAAGUCAAUACUGUUCGGAUUUACAAAACCAACUUGUGAAUAAGCAGCGUCAAAAGCAGUGUCAUUACGAAGAGUCACUUAUUGAAAAAAGGAUGAACGAUGAUGUGAUGCAAGCGAUCGCUGAUGAGGAUCAGAGAGAGCUUUGUCACAAACAUGAACAGACUGAUAUUAUGCGGGGUGAAAUGUAUGCCUCCCAGAAGGCGAGAGUAGAUUGGAAGGAAAAACAGAAAGAGUUUAAUGUGAUAGAAGACAGGAAGAUAGAAGAGCAAGUACAAUUUGCUGAAGAUCGUAGCUUGGCCAGGGAUAUAGAAAGGGAGCGGAAAGUACAUUUAAGGAAUGAAUCAGAAGAUAAGAUGGCAACUAAGAUGUUGGCUAAUGUGGCGGCUCGUCAAGAACGUGAGGAUGUUAUAACUCUUCACCAGGAACAAGAGUCUUUGGAGAGAAGCAUUCAAGGUGAUAUUUUAGAUCGAGAGAACUAUGAACGCGCUAAAACUGAGAUCAAAGAAGGUCUACUGUCACAGAUGCAAGACAAAAAGGAUAGUGCACAAGCAGAGAAAGUGAGGGAAGCCGAUUUUAAAAGGAGUGCAGACUCAAAGAUGGCGGAGGAAGAUGAGAUAGAGAGAGAGAAAGAACGCAAAAAGAAAGAAAAAAAUGAACAAUAUUUUGCUGAUCUACAACAACAAAUACGAGAUAACGCGACAAGGCGUAAGAAGGAAAAAGAAGAUGAGCAAGAACGUUGCAGACAAGAAAAUGAAUAUGAUCAAGGCUGGCGUCAAGAGGUAUCUGAAGAGAGGAAGAAGAUAAUGGAAGAUCAUGUUCCCAAGCUUCUAGGAUAUGUUCAACCAGGCGUUAUCUCGCAAGUAGACAUAGCGAACCCACGCUUAGCUGAACUGGGAAAAGAAUUGAUGACUACUUGCAAGCGACCGAAGAGAUUUCCGAAGUGCAAUGCGCAAUGUCGGAUUUUGAGAGAAUAUUGAUUUUUGUUAAAUUGUAAUAU